AUGCUUUCAGUUCUUGAACAGAAUGUUCUGGAGUAUAUAGAACGUGUUGGAAAUUUUAAAGCUGCAGCCAAGGCUGCCCUGAGGCCGGUUGAACUUAUCUAUUAUAAACCGCAGGAGGUUUAUGGUGCUAUGAAAAAUUGGCUGAGCAAACAGGUGGAGAUAAUGGUGAUAGCGCAGCCACCCUUUCUUGAGAAUAGUAGGACUAUGAUGUAUGUUUUGGUCUCGCUCAUGUACAAGUAUGGAGAUUAA